AUAAAAGCGGCGUCACAUGACGUCCCCUCUCUGCGCUGCUGCAGCCAGUUGUUUACCGGCGCUUCAUCAGGACACCGCUGUUGGCUGGCUGUCAAAAAAAACAAAAAAAAAACAACAACCAGGCAGGCUGACUAGUCCAGGUUGUUCCAGAGGUUAACAGGAAAGGGACAAGGACCUGCAGCGUCCACAGCUGGUCCUCAGUUCCCCCCUGGUUCAGCCCUGAGACGACGGUACCAUGGGCGACCAUGAAGAAUCCAAAAGGUUGAAUGGCAGUGCCAGCAACUCUCCCUCUCUUUUGGAGCCUCCCAAAGAGAGCAUGCAGCUUAAGAAGGAGAUCUCGCUGCUCAACGGAGUCAGCCUGAUCGUAGGAAACAUGAUCGGCUCUGGCAUCUUUGUCUCCCCCAAGGGUGUGCUGAUCUACAGUGCUUCUUACGGGCUGUCGCUAGUCAUCUGGGUCAUCGGGGGGGUGUUCUCUGUGGUGGGGGCCCUCUGUUACGCUGAGCUGGGCACCACUAUCACCAAAUCAGGGGCGUCUUACGCAUACAUCCUGGAGUCGUUCGGUGGCUUCAUUGCAUUCAUUCGUCUGUGGACGUCUUUGUUGAUUAUUGAGCCAACCAGCCAGGCAGUCAUUGCUAUUACAUUUGCAAACUACCUGGUGCAGCCGCUCUUUCCAACCUGUGAACCACCGUAUGUAGCAUCCAGGCUCAUUGCUGCAGCAUGUAUAUGCUUACUGACAUUUAUAAACUCUGCCUAUGUGAAGUGGGGGACCCGCGUGCAGGACGUUUUCACCUAUGCCAAGGUGGCUGCCCUCAUCGUCAUCAUCAUCACUGGCAUCGUCAAGCUGUUCCAGGGUUACACAACCAACUUUGAAUCAGCCUUCGAGGGAUCGUCUACAGAUCCUGGUGACAUUGCCCUGGCGCUCUACUCUGCCCUCUUCUCCUAUUCCGGCUGGGACACCCUCAACUUUGUCACUGAGGAAAUCAAAAACCCUGAAAGGAACCUGCCUCUGGCAAUCGCCAUCUCUAUGCCCAUUGUUACCAUCAUCUACAUCCUCACCAACGUGGCCUACUAUGCUGUUCUGGAUGUUAGUGCUAUACUAGCCAGUGAUGCAGUGGCAGUGACAUUUGCAGAUCACACACUUGGUGUGAUGCGUUGGACCAUCCCCAUUGCUGUGGCUCUGUCCUGUUAUGGAGGCCUCAACGCCUCCAUUAUAGCUGCCUCCAGGUUAUUCUUUGUGGGCUCUCGUGAGGGUCACCUUCCAGACGCUCUGUCCAUGAUCCAUAUACAGAGAUUCACUCCGAUCCCUGCUCUGAUCUUCAAUUGUGUCAUGUCACUGAUCUACCUGACGGUGGAAGAUGUCUUCCAACUCAUCAACUACUACAGCUUUAGUUACUGGUUCUUCAUGGGUCUGUCCAUCGCCGGGCAGAUCUACCUCCGCUGGAAAGAGCCCGACAGACCCAGACCUCUCAAGCUAACCUUAGUGUACCCGGUGGUGUUCUGUCUGUGCACCGUUUUCCUGGUGGCAGUUCCUCUCUACAGUGACACCAUCAACUCUCUGAUUGGCAUUGCUAUUGCCCUGUCAGGAGUUCCUGUCUACUUCCUGGGUGUUUAUCUACCAGAGUCUAAACGCCCGCCUAUGAUCACCAAGCUACUGCGUUCUCUGACUUACUUCACCCAGUACAGCUGCUACUGUGUACUGACAGAGUUGGACAAAAGUGAAUAACUUCCAAUACACUUGAAAACUUUACCCAGCAGUCUCUGCAUCCUCACAGCUGACGGCAACCAGAGGACCAGCCAAGGGAUUAUUAUAGUGUACACUGUACUGAAACACUCUGACUUCUGUUUACAACACUGAAAAUGCUGCCACAUGAUGCACACAUGAUUCACUUAAAAAGCUAUCCUGGAACUCAAGGACUUUAAUCAUGAGGACACAACUUAUUGUUACACUCCAUAUUAUGGAUAUUGUUAGUUUUAUUUCUUCGUCACACUAUUUAAUGACCUCUAUUAUAUAAGAUCUGCCUUGUUAUUUUUACAGGUAAUUGUGUCAAGGCCUAUAUGUGCCUGUGAGAUCUUACAGGUGAUGCACAUGACCACAAAGACUGAGAGCUGAACUGUGUUCAUUUCCUGAAUGAGGGGGGAAAAAAAGGGAUGGAAAUAUUUUUGUCUGCUGCUAUGUGAAGAUUUGGAGUCAUCGUCCUAAUGGCAUUGCCUUUAUGUACUUUUGGUGCCAUUGUCUGAUGUCUGGGUGGGUUAUGCAUCUUAACUGUUGUUGCUAUAUGUUGGAAUUUUCCAUUCAGUGUAUUUAAAGUGAAAAAUGAUCAGCCAGCUUUGAAUCAUUACAAUGUUGGCAGUAUACUUAUAUGCAAAUAAAUGAUGUUUAACUUACUCGAUGUCGCCUGCACUCAGAGCUCCAGGCUUAUUUGCCAAAAGUCCUGCAGAUGAUGAGUUUGUUUUGUCUCUUGAUCUGUCUGAUUGUGGAGGCAGGUAUGGACUAGAUACUAGAGUAAAAGUGGGUGAUUAGCACAAUUUGUGUCCCCGUAAUCAAAACCAGUAUUGGUGCUUUUUACUGAUAAAGGCAGCUAAUGUAUCAUCUAUGCCAUAAUUAACAGAUGACUACUAUUCUGUUCCUGAAUAUGAUCACCAAAUAAACUGCCAGACAUGAGGUAUUUCCUCCUUUUACUACUCUGUUAAUUACUUAAUGACACGUUUAAACACAAACAAGAUUGAAUAGAGAAAUGUUCAUUAUGAGCAGCAUAAAGAAGAAAUGAUUCGUGGAAUCACAGACAGUCGGAUUAAAGAGACAAAAUCAGCAAGGAGCUCUGUGUGCACAUGACAUGUGGUAGUUAGGCUUUGUUUAUUUGCAUAUACUAUCCAGAUUGUGAUGACACAAAGCUGGUGGAAAAUAUGCAAAUUUUCCCAUUAACGACUUUUGUGAAUGUUUCAGGCCUCUGUCUAUAUGUAAGGAAGGUAUAGCCCUCCCAUUCUUUGUUUGAUUUAAACUUUCUAGCACUAAAUCAGUUAAAUUAUUUACGGUGUUCACAGUGGUAUAUCCAAGAGAUGUUCAAACCUGGGUCAAAAUAGCAAUUUAGACAUCCACUGCAGUGGUCCUUCUUCAUGUCAUGUUUGUAAUAUUUGCACAUCUUCUCUUCUUAGAUUGCCUCAAGUAAACUAUGCUUCAGUCUUCAA